UUCCAGGCAAGAAUAAUGGAGUGGGCUGCCAUGCCCUCCUCCAGGGGAUCUUCCUGUCCCAGGGAUCAAACUGCAUCUCUUUUGCCUCCUGCAUUGGCAGGUGGGUUCUUUAUUGCUAGAAAUACAUAUUCCUUGCCACCCCCUGCCCUGGACGCAGCACCCCAGCCCUGCUCAGUCGCUGGCCUCACUCUACCUCCCCAGUGAGAUCAUCUCCUCAGGAAGCAGGCCACAGAAGGUCAAGUGACACACAGAGGUCACACAGCUGGAUGGGUGCAGCCAGGACCCAAAGGAUCCUCCAGUUCUUGUUCUUUCCCUGGGGACUCAUUUUGACCCACCUAGCCUCCCAGCUGCCCCGCCUGGGGCUCUCAGCCAAGUUCUACGUGGAAAGAGAAUUGGGCUUCAGGGAGGCCAGGAUCACUGUGCUGCCCCUCCUUCAGGGUAGGAGCAGGGGAGCAAUACAGGGUCUCCUGGCCUGGAGGAGGAGAGCAGUGUGUCCAGACAGCUCUGAGAUGGGACCUGUGGCAGUGACGACACCUGCCAGCUCAAUGGUGCCAGCCUGUCUGCCAAACAGCUCACCUGCAUCAACUCAUUUAAUCCCUGUCAAUAUUUUUUUAUGAGAAAGGCAUUCUUACCCACUCCCACUGUUUUACAAAAGAGCAAACAAGCUAACUUGCAGAGCCGGGACUGAAUCUAGCUCUUUGGGCUCUAAGCUCCUGGUUCGUUAAAUAUAGGAGCCAGAUGCCAGUUCCUUCCUCAGGGGAUCUUCCCGACCCAGGGAUCGAACCGGGGUCUCCUGCAUUGCAGGAGGUCCAGGGAAGCCCCAUUUCAAGAGGCACAGCCUAUUAAGUCCUUGUUGGAGAAAUCAGGCCACACAGAGAUGUCAAGGUUCUAGGACACAGUGUAGGGAAUGUUUUGAAACAAUUUUGGUUACUCCUAGAUGUGUCAUGUCUCCUGGCUUCUCUCUGGGCACCAAGAGAAACCAAGCAAGGAAGAGAGGGGAGAAGAUGAAGGAGGAUGUGGGGAGGGGAGAGGUGAGGGGAGGGACAGAGAGGUUAGAAGAGGCAGAGGCAGAGACGCAGGUUCAGUCCAGUUUGCCCUUUGCUGGGGCUUGAUGAGCCCCUGCCACCCCACAGGGCAGCUGCAAGCCCAUCCCUGUGGAGGCUGCCCAGGGUGCCAACAUACUUCAGGAUAAACCAGAAGUAUGCCACAAGCAUUUAGUUUAUGAUCAAGGCAGCACAUGAGCCCCCAACAGAGUGAGCAGCGCGCAGUGUGGAUCUCCACCGAAAAGAACAAACUGCAAAAAAAGCUGGUAGAGUACGAGCCUCUUUUGUAAAAUGAGUAACAUAAAAGAGUAUCCACUUGAGAAAAAAAUCUGGAGAAAAACUCCAUAAGCUCAGUGGUGGUCAUCUCUGGAAGGCUCAGAUUAGAGGGACUUUUAACUUUCUGCAUUCUGUGUUUCUAUAAUGUUUAAAUGUUCAAUGAUGCAUGUGUAACUUUGGUAAUCAAAGUGACCAAAAAAAGGUUGUUAAGAGAAGAGGUACCCCUGCCCUUCAUCCAUCAUGGUCCCCAGAUUUCUAAAACAACCAGCCUGUGCUGGUAAUUUGCUCUCUGUGUUACCAGGAACUGUUUAUGCAUCACAAAGGAUUCUGUCACGUGUGUGUGUGUGUGAUUAAUUAUUAAAAAGGUGUUGUCAGUCCUGUUUAAUAUUUAGUUCCAGGAUUGAAACAUUAAAGGGUUUGUCCAUUGACUGCAUGCUGUUGCUUAGGUAUCAGUUAAAAAGCAGUGAAACAAAGAGGCAAACUGUGUGAUUUUGUUUUGUUUUCAAGACCUCUUAGACCUGAAACACUUUUACUGUUUGUGGUACUACACUGCUUUCCUUAUCUGCAAGCUCAGGAAAAUAGGUUGCUGUUAUAAUUACUGAUGCAGUGAGGAAAGGGAGACUGGGAAAAAUACAGAAUGAAAGAUAAAAUACAUGAUCCAGAAAACUGAGAAGCCCUGAUGACAGGUGGAAAAGGAAGCCCCAGGAGGGGACAUGGGAGAGUGAUAGUAAUAAAGGUGGGCUUCCUGGAAGAGGUGGGCCUGUUUGGGAGAAGUAAAGAGUGGAGAGGAGGGCGUCAUAGAUGAGGAAGGCAGAUUUAGUCAUUAGGCUCCAAGGGCCAGGUCCAGAAUGGGGCCCACUUGCCCCAUAUCCUCUUUUCCCUGAGAGAGGGUCGAGUCCCUGCCCCAGCCGUGGCCCAGGGCUCUGGAGUUGGUGCUGGACAGAGCCAGGUGGGAGGCCCAGCCUCCUUCAACUCUGGACUCUGCCCAGGGAUUUCCAGUGAAAUGAGAAGACCGGCCAAAGCCCAAGCAGGUUGGAUCCACCCCAUCCCCGUGGAAACACGCACUUCCGUCUGUCCCCCAGAGAGACUUGUUGACCACAAAUAUCUGCAAGGUCUGGCACAUGGAGGACAACACACCAAGAGGAAGAGAGUCCAUCUCUCUCGCCUCAGUGGCCAACGGUUUGGACAACAGAGGGGCUGAGCUGUUGGAAAGUCUGGAGGAAGGCCGAGACCCUGCUGGCAACUCAAGCCCUUCGGAAGUUGGGGACAGCUGGAGCAAGGCUGGCCCGGAGCCCUCCUCGGGAUGGAGAAGGAGGCUGCAACCAGCCCUGAGAGUGAGACACUUCUGCAGGGAGCACGCACAGCUGUUCCGAUGGAUCUGCAUAGGCCUGCUCUGUACUGCAUACACUGCCUUCCUGCUGGCCGCCUGCAUCCUGAAUUUCCAGAGGGCCCUGGCACUGUUCGUCCUCACCUGUGUGGUCCUCGUCUUCCUGGCCCACAGCCUGCUCAAGAGGCUGCUGGGGCCAAAGCUGCUGAGGUGUGUCAAACCUCUAGGGCAUCCCUGCCUGAAACUCUGGUUUAAGAGGGGUCUAGCCCUUGCUGCUUUCCUGGGCCUGGUUUUGUGGCUGGCUCUGGACACCUCUCAGCGGCCUGAGCAGCUGGUGUCCUUUGGCGGAAUCUGCGUGUUCGUUGGCUUCCUCUUUGCCGUCUCGAAGCAUCACCGCGCAGUGUCCUGGCGGGCUGUGUUCUGGGGUCUUGGACUGCAAUUUGUACUCGGACUCGUCGUCAUCAGAACAGAACCGGGGUUUAUUGCAUUUCAGUGGCUGGGCGACCAGAUCCAGAUCUUCCUGAGCUACACUGAGUCCGGCUCCAGCUUCGUGUUUGGGGAGGCUCUGGUCAAGGAUGUCUUUGCCUUUCAGGUUUUGCCCAUCAUUGUUUUCUUCAGCUGUGCCAUGUCAGUUCUCUACUACGUGGGUCUCAUGCAGUGGGUGAUCAUGAAGAUCUCCUGGCUGAUGCAGAUCACCAUGGGCACCACGGCCACAGAGACCCUGAGUGUGGCUGGGAACAUCUUUGUGAGCCAGACCGAGGCUCCUCUACUCAUCCGACCCUACUUGGCAGACAUGACACUCUCUGAAAUCCACGUUGUCAUGACUGGAGGCUACGCCACCAUUGCCGGCAGCCUGCUGGGUGCUUAUAUCUCCUUUGGGAUCGAUGCUGCCUCCCUAAUUGCGGCCUCCGUGAUGGCUGCUCCUUGUGCUUUAGCCCUCUCCAAGCUGGUCUACCCAGAGGUGGAGGAGUCCAAGUUCAGAAGUGAGGAAGGCGUGAAACUGACCUACGGAGAUGCUCAAAACCUCGUAGAAGCAGCUAGCAGUGGGGCUGCCUUGUCCGUGAAGGUCGUGACCAACAUCGCAGCCAACCUGAUUGCCUUUCUGGCUGUGCUGGACUUCAUCAAUGCUGCCCUCUCCUGGCUGGGAAACAUGGUGGAUAUCCAGGGGCUCAGCUUCCAGCUCAUCUGCUCCUACAUCCUGCGGCCAGUGGCCUUCCUGAUGGGCGUGGCCUGGGAGGACUGCCCGGUGGUGGCGGAGCUGCUGGGGAUGAAGCUGUUUCUGAACGAGUUCGUGGCCUAUCAAGGGCUCUCCGAGUACAAGCAGCGCCGCCUUGCGGGCACUGAGGAGUGGGUCGGCUCCAAAAAGCAGUGGAUCUCCGUCAGAGCAGAAAUCCUCACAACGUUUGCCCUCUGUGGAUUCUCCAACUUCAGCUCCAUUGGGAUCAUGCUGGGAGGCCUGACCUCCAUGGCUCCCCAGAGGAAGAGUGACUUCUCCCAGAUCGUGCUCCGGGCGCUCUGCACGGGGGCCUGUGUGUCUCUGGUGAACGCCUGUGUGGCCGGGAUCCUCUACAUGCCCAGGGGCCCUGCGGUGGACUGUGUGUCCCUCCUGAACACCACCCUCAACAGCAGCAGCUUUGAGGUGUACCAGUGCUGCCAGCAGGCCUUCCAGAGCACCAGCCCGGAGUUCAGCCUAGAGGCCCUGGACACCUGCUGUCGGUUCUAUAAUCACACGAUCUGUGCGUAGCGGGGACAGAACGUCUCUGUGUCUUCCGGGCGUUAUUCUCUCCCGAGAAGCAGAGCUGCCACCCUUCUCUCUCCAGGGCCCCCUAUCCUGGGGGAAGCCACAGGGCUUAGACCACCUCAGGCACAAAUUGGGAAAGGUGAUCAGGGAGUGGGCGGAUUGAUGGGUGCCCCCACCCUUCACCCCCUUUCUGCUCUCGCAUUUCCUCCCUCCUCAAAUGUGAACGCUCAGGGUCGCCUCUGCCUCCUCUCUCUUCUCUGUCCCCCCUGCCUUGGGUCUCCCCUGUUUGCACUCCCCUUCUGCUCCGGGGCCCUCAGCCCUGGCAUUUCAGCGGCCUCCUUCCCUUCCCUUCUCUCUGGACAUGGGAAUCUUGCUGUGGCUUAACCCCUGCCACAUGGCUUCUCCUGGAGAUGCUUUCCUCCACUUUCAUAGACGCCUCUACUGCCCUCCCACACAGCAUUUUCCAGACUGGUGGCCUGUAUAGCACUGUCCCCCAAGGUAUGCAGAGGUUUCCAUGAUCCACUAGGUUUGGGAAAUACUGGGCUAAAUAAAGUUAGGGUUUUU